UAGUUCCGUUUUUCUAUUUGGGUUUAUCUACUGAGUUCCUUCUUAUUUUUGUUCUGUUCAAUUUCUGUCUUGCUAUUUGUUGUUAUUUUUCAUAGAUCUUAUUUUUUAUAUGGUUUUCUAUUUUUCGUUGGAAAAAUAGGAUUAGUAGAAACCGCUGUGGCGGUACUAUUAGUUGUGGGUGAUGGGAUGAUAUGUAUGUACAAUAACAGAAGUUAUCGUACACACCACAUCUCACAGUUACCUGCUGAUAAGAGCUAGCCGACUUAUUACUUUAAUCGAAAGGUGUGUGGUAGUAUUUCGCUCAGCCAAAACAAAAGUGAAUCGUUGUUUAUAUUCAUAUGACACCCUAGUGAGCUUGUCGCUUCGCGAACUGUGCUUACAUACGGUAACAUUAUAUAUGAUAUCACAUAUCACAGAUGAUAUAAGUACCUAAAAUAGUUGCAGCAUUUCUCGCGUUGGGUCCUAUCUAUACAUUUUGAAAGUGAAAAUUUCGGGCAUACAAAUCGAAAUGACGAGGAGAAAAUCUAAACGUGUUGUAAAGGAGGCUCCAGAACAAAAACCAUUGACUCCCUAUCAGGGAAAAAGACGCUGUUUCGGUCAGUAUAGGUGCCCGGAGUGCAAGCGGGGCUGGGUGAGCAGCAACUCCUGGGCCAACUGUGGCCAAAAGUGUGAAGUUUGUCUCAUAAAUGUCUACCCAUUUACCCAGCGCCCGCUGUACAAUCCAGGCAAGUGGAACAAGGUCAAUGAUGAGAAGAAGAAGCACCCUCAGGAAUUGUGUGAGAAAUGCAUCUCCCUGGGAAACUAUUGUCGUCGCUCUGAUAAGAACCCUCAUUAAACAUAAAUAAAAGAUUUUCUUUUAAGAUAUGCAUAUCUAUACUAAUAAAUAUGUUUAUUUUGUCAUAUCAUAACUUUUAUGACAAUAUAUAUAUAUUGUCAUAAAUAAAAUUAAGUAGAAUUAUGAUUCCUUUUUAAGUUUUUUACAUACAUUUACAUGAGAGCAAUAAUGAUGCUUAUUAUUCUUGAUGUUUUUAAUGAAUAAAGUGGAAAUAAUUGUCAAAAACUACAUAUUUUAAUUUUCUUGUAUAAACUGCAAUCUCAUGUCAUAUCGGUGCGUCAUUAUAAUAAAAACCUUAAAAUCCUUUAAUAAUUUGUAAUAAAACAUUUUUGUUUUUUGAUUACAUCUUUAUUGAAAAAGUAUACAUCAAAAAGAUUUCGAUGUAAAAUUAAAAAAGAAAGAGUGUAAUGUGAUUUUAUACAUCUGCAAGAGUUGUUAGAAUAUAACUGCAUUAUAUUAUUAUGUGUAUAAUUUUGUGUAGCGGCACACUGUUCAAGUUUCUGCCCCAUUUACACAGUUGCUAGCGUAGAGGGGAUCGCUUAUGAUUCUUUCCUCUCUUUAGCAGGUACCAUACCAUAAAGUAAGAUAACAUUAUAGUCAAGUUGUUUCAAUCAAAAUAAAGAGAAUAUAAUUCAA